AUGACUCGCAUUUCCGAGGAUCUCAAAUCGUGUCCUCAUAACCCUACCCCUGCAACCAACGAACGAGCUCGAACCAUGCAGCGUCUGGGCCGUGCCAAACUGCCCAACAUCGCCAUUGUUGGUGCAGGUGUAUCAGGUCUGAGAUGUGCAGAUGUACUCACUCGAGCUGGAGCGAAGGUCACCAUCUUUGAAGCCCGCGAUCGAAUUGGAGGACGAGUCCACCAAGUCAAGAAUGGUGGCUAUCUGGUCGAUACUGGUUCCAACUGGAUCCAUGGCACUGAAGGUAACCCGAUCAUGAAGCUGGCCGAGCGAACCAACACCGAUGUCAUGGAUCCAGAACGAUCGGAAGCCGUCUUCAACAACCACGGCAAACGAUUGCCCAAGGACGAAGCCGAGUUCCUCAUGCAGGAGUUUUGGAAUCAGGUUCUUCAUGCCUUCAAGUACAGCGACGAGAACUUUGCCAAUAUUGACAGCAAAACAAGCCUCUUGGACAGGUUGAAAGAGAAGUGGUCUAAAGAGCCAUUGCAGCAUGACCUUAUCGAAACGUCGCGUGUAUGGGGCCAAUUUGUCGGUAGUCCUAUCGAAAGGCAGUCACUUCGGUUCUUCUUUCUUGAAGAUGGUUUAGAUGGUGGAAACGUGUUUGUGGCAAGUACUUACAAGAAGAUACUAGACGAGGUUGCCAAACCGGCACUUUCACGGGCCGAUAUUCGCAUGAAUACAGAGGUAAAGAGUAUACGAUAUCGCGCUACUGACCAUGGUGAGGACAGUGUGAGCGUUUCAUUUAGUCAUGGACCUAGUCUAGAGUAUGAUGAAGUCGUGGUUACAUGCCCACUAGGAUGGUUGAAACAGUAUGCGGCCGAUGUCUUUGAACCAGCACUUCCGGAAAGACUUCUGCAAGCUAUCGAGAACAUUGGCUAUGGGGCGCUCGAGAAACUUUACGUGACGUUUCCUAACGCUUUUUGGCUUACCGACAACGACAAAGACUCUUACACCUGCUUUACCAAUUUUCACAAUCCUACUGGUUACCAUCCAAUCCUUGCUGCCGAAAAUAUCGAGACAGUCUCCUGGCAUCAGAGUGUAGUGUCGCUCGCUCACCUUCCUGGCAAAUCAGCACAACCUACACUUCUCUUCUACAUGACAGGUGAUAGCGGCGCCUAUGUCAACGCCAAGCUGAAAGACCUUCCUACACAUAGCAAUGAGUACAACGAGGUCCUAAGAACCGUUGCGGAGCCUUUCUACAGCCGCUUGCCUAAUUACGACUCGUUGCGACCCGAGUGCACACCCACGAGUUUCUACCAGACCUUGUGGCAGACCGAUCGGUAUGCCGGCAACGGUUCAUACUCGACCUUUCGCACAGGUCUAGAGCAUGGUGACACGGAUAUCGAGAUCAUGAGAGCAGCCGGUGGACUCGCUGAAGCUGGUCGCGGUCUGUGGUUGGCUGGUGAGCACACUGCCCCUUUCGUAGCACUAGGCACGACUACCGGCGCUUUCUGGUCCGGUGAAGGUGUUGCCAGACGUAUUGCCAAGCAGUAUGACCUGGACGUACCCUCCGAUGAGCUCCACGAAGCGAGUGCGGACGUCUCGAUCGAGGCUGGUGGUGUAAAGGAAGACGUACAGGAUUUAGCAGGAACUAAGACUAUCAAUCCUGGCAAAAACCAGAAUGAACCUGUGACGCAAAAGGAUUUUACACAGAAUCUGCACAAGAUCUAG